AUGACCUCUUUGCAUCACCCAAGUUACUCAGAUGAUGAAGUUGAUCUCCAGACAAAGAUAAUGAACUGUAAUGUGUGGUUCUUUAUUGCUGUGGUGUGUUUCGUGGUGGGCAUGGUUGGACUGGUGGUCAUUAUUAUCUUACAUCACAAGGACCAGGAACCACUUUACAGUUAUGGAGUUGUACUAGAUGCCGGUUCCUCUCAUACCAAACUGUUUGUCUACAAGUGGAAUACCAAAUGUCACCAGCAGACGGCAUUAGCCAAUCAGAUUCAUUCCUGCAAAGUUACAGGAGGAGGGAUCUCUAGUUAUGAAAAUAACCCUUCUGCUUUGAGGCCUCCUCUAGAAGUGUGUCUGAGAGAGGCGGAGGGGGUGGUUCCCGAUGACAAACAAAGCAAAACCCCAGUGUUUCUAGGGGCCACAGCAGGGAUGAGGCUUAUACACGCUGUGAACUCCUCAGUGUCGGAUGCCAUUAUGGAUGUGGUCCGUGACACCAUUCAGUCCUCCAAGUUCCAGUUUACCAACCCUAAGACACAGGCCCGGAUCCUUACAGGGUCUGAGGAGGGGCUCUUCUCCUGGAUCACAGCCAACUACAUCCUGGGAAAGUUUGGUGUGAUACCACCCACAGAAGUAUCACAGUCCCGACAUAAGAGAGAUUUAUCGGGGGCAGGGGAGGGAACUGUGGGGGCAUUAGACAUGGGAGGGGCAUCAACUCAAAUUACCUUCUACCCCGGCUCCUCAGUCAAAAUGCCAGAUAAUUUCACCGGGAAUGCUGUGCUUUAUGAGAAAAAUUACACCGUCUAUACUCAGAGUUACCUGUGUUACGGCAUCAAUGAAAUCAAGCGGAGAUAUCAAGCAUUACUGGUCAAGAGCCAGAACUUCACCCUGGAUAUUGUCAAUCCCUGUGGACCCCAAGGAAAAACAAUAACUGAACAUUAUUCUGAUGUUUUUGAGGCACCAUGUACAAGAGAUUCAUCUGAAAAACCUGUUAGCAAGAAUACCAAUUUCACUUUUCGAGGUAGUGGCAAUAUCACAGAGUGUGCAGUGGUCACCCAUCAGUUGUUUGACUUUAACCAAUCCUGUCCAUACAAAACCUGUUCUUUUAAUGGAACCUAUCAACCACCUGUCUAUGGACAGUUCUAUGCAUUUUCCAAUUUUUACUAUGAGCUGAGCUUCCUGAAUCAGACGGAUUCCAACAGCCUGGCAGAAUUCCAAACAGCUCUGUCAGAUGUCUGUCACAUGACCUGGAAACAGUUAAGAGAGAAAUACCCGACCACUCUUGUGGACUUUCUACCCUGGUACUGCUUUAGUGGGACUUAUAUACAGAUCUUGCUGACAGAGGCCUACAAGUUUGACAACAGUACUUGGCAGAAUCUGCAUUUUGUUGAUGAGCUGAAAAGUACAGAGAUUGGAUGGAGUCUGGGCUUUAUGAUUGACUCCAGCUCCGAUUUACCAACCACGAAGAGGGAGUACUACAUGACAAACCUGGCCUUCGCUCUAAUGAUGACCCUCUUCAUCCUCUUCAUCCUCAUCUCAGUGGGCUUUGCUUGUCACGCCGUCAAAUUCCACCGCCAGAAGCAGAGGGGGCUAAUCUACCAACCAGCCCCCAAAACAGACAAUUACGGAGCAAUACAAUGAAAUAGCAAGCAUUAACAAUAAGAUGGAUGUAUGUGAUUAAAGACAGUGUGAAUUAGAUGGUUUUUGAGUUGAUGACAAUUGUGCUUUUACCCGGUAUGUUUAACAAUAAAUGUGUAUAUGUGUGUGCUUAUGUCUGUUUGUGUGUGUGCAUACAUGUGAGUGGUAUAAGUUGCAUUCUUACAAUAGAUUUUCUGUGAUAUUAACAUAUACAUGCAUUUUUCAAUCUCAUUAGUGGAGUUGGAUUUAUAUUUUCUGUUUUUUUUUGUGUGUGAUAAAAUACAGAUUUAUCUUGAAUGGGACACAAAUGGAUCAAGGACCUGAAAUAAAGCAUUCGAAAUUAUU